CGCGUAGUCCCAUGACUAAAGCGAACACCCCAGCAGCAACCGACACACUCCUCUUUUUGUCUCUCCACCACGCGUGUGACCGCGGCUGCGUGGGGCAAGACGAGAGGAGCGCAGCACCAGCACUGAAGCAUCCAUUCUUCCACAACAUGGAACCCAUUCCAGCGGGCCGCGACUCCAGCUCCUCGCCGGGCUCCAAGCAAGAACUUUCCUACCCGACCUCCAACAACCUGAAGCCCAACCAAGUGGGCGAGACGGUGCUGUACGGAAUACCCAUCGUGUCCCUGGUGAUAGACUGCCAGGAGAGGCUGUGCCUGGCGCAGAUCUCCAACACCUUGUUGAAGAACUACAGCUACAACGAGAUCCACAACCGACGCGUGGCGCUGGGCAUCACCUGCGUGCAGUGCACCCCCGUCCAGCUGGAGAUUCUGCGCAGGGCCGGCGCCAUGCCCAUCUCCUCCCGGAGGUGCGGCAUGAUCACCAAGCGCGAGGCCGAGAGACUGUGCAAGUCCUUUCUGGGGGCUCACUCGCCUCCCAAACUCCCGGAAAAUUUCGCCUUCGACGUGUGCCACGAGUGCUCGUGGGGCAGCCGAGGCAGCUUCAUCCCGGCCAGGUACAACAGCUCCAGGGCCAAGUGCAUCAAGUGCUCCUACUGCAACAUGUAUUUCUCCCCAAAUAAAUUCAUAUUCCAUUCGCACCGUACGCCGGAGUCCAAGUACACGCAGCCAGACGCGGCGAAUUUCAACUCGUGGAGGCGACACCUUAAAUUAACCGAUAAAAGCAACCAGACUGAUGUUUUACACGCAUGGGAAGACGUGAAGGCCAUGUUCAACGGGGGCAGCCGAAAAAGGACGCUGCCAGGCUGCGGGUCGGAGUCCAUCUCGCCUCUCAAGUCGCACGGUCCGAACCUGCACCGACAGUCCCCCGAGAUACCCGCAAAGAUCCUCAACUGUGAGGACAACCGGGUGAGCGUGGGCCCACGCAGCUACCCGGUCAUCCCGGUGCCCAGUAAAGGCUUCGGGAUGCUGCAAAAGAUCCCUCCGCCGCUCUUCCCGCACCCUUACGGCUUCCCGGCAUUUGGCCUCUGUCCGAAAAAGGACGACGUCAUCAUGGGCGAGCAAAGCAAGGCGGGCCUCCCGGGUGUCCUGUGGCCCGGUACCAAGGACAGCGCCUACCCUUCCUUCCCCGUCUUCUGGCCCACAGCGGGCGCACUGCCCAUGCCUCCCUACGCCCAAGGCCCGCACAAACCUCCACCCGAGAUGCUACCGCUCCACAGGCACGCGGACGUGGACGUUUCCGAGUCCACCGACACGUCCAAAGACAGCCUGGCCGACAACGACCGCUGCUCCAGCACCCAGUCCGCGCGCAACGACGACGACAAGUCCGGGGAUGAAGGGAGGCCGCUGGAGGGGCCCACCCUGGCCCCACGCAAGGCCAGCUACGUGUCCGCCUUCCGGCCUGUGGUGAAGGACGCGGACUGCAUCGCCAAGUUGUACGGCAGCAGAGGAGCCUACACCCGAACCGGGUACUUAUCACCAGACUUUUUAAGCGAGAGCUCCAGCUACCGCUCCGUGUCUCCGUGCGUGGACAGCGAGACCGAGGCGGACGUGGACGUGGAAACCAGUAAAACGCCCGAGGACGAGGAGCCCUGCAGGCCCCUGUCCUUGAUGUGUCCCCGAAGCCCUCCGGGGCUCACCCGCAGCGUGUCCCCGAGCGACUCGGACUGCAAGGGGGCGCCACAGGAGAUGGAUCCGCUCGAAUCGCAGGAUGCGGGGCCACGCGUGGCCCCGCAGUCCUGUGAUAGAGAGGUGCAGAGCAAACACUUAGCAGACGCACACGUUGCUGCACCGUUUAGCCAAGUUUACACACAGGAGAGGAGCGAGUUGCAACAAAGGAGCAGUCCUUAUCGUUUCAGACCUGCAAGCUACCAACCUGCAGGACUUUUACCUCCUGAUGAGGGUGCCAGCAAAGAGGAGCCGUCUUCCACGGUGGAGGAGGUGGAAAGCAAAUCUUUACUGGAACAAAGCAGCGAGCAAAACCAUCGAGAGCAGGAUGAAGACGAAGACUCAGCAAGAGCUGUACACGCACAAAGAGGCAUACGAACUCUGGCAAAAGAGGAACUACAGAAGCAAUUAUUAGAGCAGGUCGAGCUGAGGAAAAAGCUGGAACGUGAAUUUCAACAUUUAAAAGAUAAUUUCCAGGAUCAGAUGAAAAGAGAACUGUCCUACAGGGAGGAAAUGGUCCAGCAGCUGCACAUCGUCAGAGGUGGUCGCCACCGCAGAAACAGAACUCCGUCGUUAACCGAGGACCUCCUAUUAAGAAGCUCACGACGCCUUGCACCAUUUCUCCUGCAAGAUGUUAACUCCUCGCCAUUGCACGGGGUCGUGCACCUUCAAGUCUCCUCUGCUCCCACCCUGACGCACGCGAAGGCGCAAACACGCACGGAACCUUAGCUCCACCCUGCGAGAAAUAGACUCAUUUGUUGUUGUGAUAUUUAUUUCCCCCCCCCCCCCCAAAAAAAAAAAAAAAAAAAAAGUGUACUUCCCGUCCUUUACGUGACGCUCUCGUUUGACUCCAACGGAAGUGUAUAUUUAUUAUUUGUGGCAACGUGCAAUGACAAUGUAUGUAUUUCUAAGUUGUAUUAGCUAAUAGAGGUUGUUAAUUCUCUCAUCGCUUCCUUAUUAUUUCAGUCUGGUGGCUUUUUUUCUUAAAUCUUUCUGAAAAUGUUUUUUUUAGCGUACAUUUGCUGUGUUCUUAAUUCUUUACAGGCCGGUCGCUGACUUCAGUUUGGACAUCAUGCACUUUAAAUGAGUGAAACCAUGACAACACUAAUAAUAAUUUAAAAAAAAAUAAAAAUGUUGCGGACGACGUGAAUUUUGAAAACUUGCUGACAAGUAUACUGUAUAGGCUCCACAUCGCUUUCUCUUGUAAAGCACAUAUUCUAUAAAACUACUGUUUGUUCAUGUGGUAUUUGUUUACAUCCUCCGUGAAUAAAUCAUUUUAUUACAA